AUGUCCGAAGAAGAGAACAAUCACACUACGGAAUCAACACCACCACCUCCAACAACAACCGCAUUAGGAAUGGAAGGAGCCUCACUUGAUGAGGAGGAGAAAACAACAAACGCUCUGAUGGAUAAAACCAAAGAUGAAGAGUUUGUAGCAGAAGAUGUACCGGAACAAUCAAGCUCUCCCAUCGUGGUUUCAGCGUCAGCUCCUGUAAUUCCACCAUUGGACCUCAACAGCUCUGAUAUGUUUAGAAAAGACAAACUACGAACACCAAGCAAGAGAGCGGUUCCCUUCUCCGUACAAUCUCCAUCACAAGAACUCUAUGCCAAGUACAUUCGCUUGGAGCAAGAUUUUAAAGAUCUCCAAAAAGCUUUUGAUCUUGUUUCAAACGAAAAAUCAGUUCUAGAAAAAGUUGUAAAGCAGAAAGAGCAAACAAUUGAAAAAACUCAACUUGAUCUAGAAAAUCUCCAAGAUGUAUUUGAAAAGAUGAAAGAACGAUCUCGUGCGCAAGAAAUAGAAAUCAAAACUCUUCAAUCCGAGAAGAAAGUGCUUGAGGAACACACCGCUAUUGCUGCUCUUCAAAGACAAAAAACAACGGACAUUAAGAGCAGAACUGUAGUUCAAGAAGACGCUCUUGAUCGUAUCUUGGGGCUAGAAAACGAAAUUAAACUGAAAAACGUUAAAAUCAGUUCAUUAGAAACAGAGAUUCGUACAUUAAACGUAGCCAUUGAGAAGAAGGACAAGGCCAUUGAGACGAUUGAAAAGCAAUUAGCAACACUACAGGGCAAACAUGACAAAGUGUAUGAAAUUGAAUGCCGAAAUGCUGAAUUACUAUUGAAGUUGGAAAAGGCCCAAAAGGAAAUCAAAACUCUUCAAGAAAUUACAAGAAUGAAAACAAAAAGCCUUGAGGAACUGAAUAAUCAUGUAGAGACCCUCAAAAACACCACCGAAGAGUUUGAAGAAUACAAAAAGAAGAUUGCUGCUAUCACGAAGGAAAAUGAGAGAUUGAAACAAGAAAUUAGAGUUGCCGAGAGGUCUUUUGUUAAAAAGGAUAAGGAAAUUUCAAAGUUGGUCACCGAAAAAGAUGUUGUUCCUGUGAAAACAUUAGAGGGAGACAAAAGAUUCUUGCACAGCGAAGUUAAAAAAUUGCAAGAGCAAAAAGCAAUUCUUGAAAAAACCAUUCAAGUUCAGGAUAAGAAGAUUGAAUAUUUGAGACAAAGAUAUGAAACCAUUGAACUGGCUUUGAAGGAAACUAAGGUUGACAAGUUACUCAAGGAUGCUAAACGCAAUCCAGAAAUUAUCAAAGAAAAGUUAAACCAGCUCAAAGAAGAAUCUGACGAGCAAAUGAAUGAGUCGGUUCCAGCUUCAGUUGUGGAUUUACUCAUCAAAGAUGUUGAAGAGCUGAGAAAAUUAGCAACCGAGAGAGACAAUAUUAUCUCUGAGAAAGACGCGGUGAUUGAAUCUCUCGAAAGAAAGAUUGAGGUUGUAGAAAGAUCUAAAGUUGCCGAUCAAAAAUUGUUGAAAAAGAAGAUCUCGACUCUACAAGAUGAGAUUGCAGCUCUCAAGGAGAAUCUUGUAGCCAAUGAGUUGAACUUUAAAGAGAAGGAGAAUAACCUUAAGAGAGAGAAAUUCGCUCUUAAGAAGAGUCUCAACCAAACAACAGUCCGUCCAACUACUGCGAGUGCCAUUCAAUAA